CUGAGAGAAGCUGGAGCUGCUGACUCCACCCCGGGCGGCCACCUUACAUGUUUCUUGUUUUAUUACUGUCCCGGGGCAACGAUUAUGUGAUGCCAAUAGAUACUGGGCCAGAAAAGGAAACAAGAAAGCAAAAGUCUGGAUUCACUGAGGUGCUGAUGUUUCACCAGGUUUGAUGUGAAAGUUCAAGAACACCUUUGCCAUGCUGGAGGUUUUCACCACGCCACAGAGUGUACCGCACCAUAGGGUGUAGUGCACCACCACGUGCUGUUCAUGUCGGAGCUGUAAAACUCAACCAUUGUGACAUCUGUGUCUUCCAAGGCAGAUCCCCAAACCGGACUAUGUUUCUCAUUUUAAUAAGACUUUGGUUUUUCCUAAGUAAACAGGAUUAAUUUUAACAGGGAGAAAAUGGAGUCAGACUUCAGGUGCUGUUGAGCAAUCAGAGUGGAGCCAUUUGAAUGCCUCACUAAGACAUCAAAGCAGUCGGGACCGUUGUGUGUGCAUUGAUGUUUCUAUGUAGGGUGUGUGCGAGUUCAGUGCAGCCUUGGAUCCAUCGUGGAACCAAAGUCCGCCCGGGCGCCCAGCCUUCGGGCUGGAGACGCUCCAAACCAGGAACUACUCAUUGGUGUUACUGAUUCAACUCAGUCUGCUGUCCUUCGACCUGUUUGUUAACUCCUUCAGCGAGCUGCUGAGGGCUGAACCGGCUGUCCAGCUGGUGCUCUUCAUUAUCCAGGACAUUGCCAUCCUGUUAAACCUGAUCAUCAUUCUGUUGAUGCUGUUUAACACCUUCGUGUUCCAGGUCGGGCUGGUCGCCAUAUUGCUGGAGCGGUUUAGAGCUCUGCUAAUGCUCUCUGCUCUCUACUUGACCUUCAGUAUCGUACUCCAUUCCUGGCUCAUGAAUCUGCGAUGGCUAAAUAGCGACAGAUAUAUUUGGACAGAUGGCCUUCAGGUGCUGUUUGUGCUCCAAAGAACAGCUUCAGUGUUGUACUACUACUUGUACAAGAGGACCACAGAGUAUCUGGGUGACCCUCGCCUCUACGAGGAUUCGCCGUGGCUGCGGGAAAUCUUUGCUCGGGCCAGGCAGUGAUACCACAGCACCAGAGCACAUGGUGCCGCAGAGCGACUAGGAGAAUGACACAAGACAAUAAAAUGCCCACAUGGAAAACAAAUAUGUUACAAUGAAGUGUGUAUUUCAAAAUUCAUACAAUGAGAAAUAAUAAGUUCUU